AAGUGACUCCUUGUGGAACUCCCUCAUAAAACAUGAGCACAUUCCCGGGAUACUUUCCGUUCUUGCCGGGAGUGGCAUGUGAUCGAUUUGACGGUCAGAAUCUCAGAGCGGAUCAAUUCUUUCUCUCCCAUUGUCAUUCGGAUCAUAUGAUUGGCUUGGAGAAGCUGGUCGACGAAUUGAUCCAUCGCAACCAUGUCAAAGUGAACCACCGAAUCAAUUGCUCAAGGAUAUCAAAGGCGUUUCUGGUGAACAAAUUCAAGCGCCUGGACGAGCGUUUCGUUCGUGAUCUCGCGCCCAAUGAACCCGUUACUCUGGCCAUUUUCGACAAGGCCAAGAAGUCUAUGUAUAAUGUGCGGGUCACGGCCAUCCCAGCCAAUCAUUGUCCUGGUUCUAUCAUGUUCCUUUACGAGAGCUUGAGUGAAGAUGGGUCUCCCGCACCAACCCAUCGGAUCCUGUACACGGGCGAUUUUCGCUUUGAGAACAUUCCCCUCACUUCGCUGAAUGCGCUUCAUCUGAAUCUCGAGCCGAUCCAAGUGGAUGAGAUGUAUCUCGACACGACAUUCUGUACUCCCAAAUAUCCCACGUUUCCCGAUCGCGAUGAGGCCCUUCGAGGCAUCUGGGAAAUUGUCAGUGGAUGGAUCAGAAAGAAUGGCAUGUACCGAAAGCAAAGAGCCAAGCAUGUGGUGCUUUUCCAUCUCCCAGCUCAAUACGGGUCCGAGGCCAUUCUCCGCGAGAUCUAUGAGAAGUCCCAAACCAAGUGGAAGAUUCACGUUCCGGAGAAGAAGUACGUGGAUUACUUGUGUUUCGACGAUCUCGGCGAUUGCACGGAUGACGAUCCUAACAUGGCGCAAUGGAUCCACGCCUGUUCCAAGAAAGACGAUGCAAGUCGGAAUGGUCGAAGUCUGCCUUGUCAGAGCAACGAACCGUUUGAAGUGUGUCAGAUCCGCCCAUCGGCCAUGUACUUCAAUGAGGCUCGCCUGAAGACCACUCAGCCCCUGGGGGUCAAGUGUGUCGGCGGGAACUACUAUCGGGUGUGCUAUUCGUGUCAUAGUAGUCGCGAUGAACUGAUGGAGUUCGUGCGAUACUUUAAGCCGCGGAAACUGAUCCCGUCGGUCAUUCCUCAAGGCUAUAGCUUGGAGGAGGUUUUGAACCAAUUUGCCGACAUCUUGGAGCCCAGCUCCAUCGAGCUCUCCCCCGAGCUCCAUGUAUACCAAAGUCUGGGCAAUCUCCCAUCCGAACCCAGUCAGGGCUCCCCCAAGCACAGAUCCGAAGAGCUCAGUCAGAUCCGACUCCUCCAAAGCUGGACAUCGCCCCCAGGUCGACAAUCGCGGAAGCGGAGGAAAAGCGGGAGUCCGCUAUCCAUGGACGUGAGCUCGCCUUCAUCUCCCAUCCCCAAGAAGUACCUCCCUCAAUUGGAGCGAGGAUGUCCCAAAUCCGAGAGCUCAGAUGAGAGUGGAGGUGAAUCCGCUCGACUCCAACAAGCUCGCUCUAAACGUAAAAGUUUCCAACGCAGCCGGAGCUCCAAGACCAAUUACAGCAUGCCCGUGGUAUCGAGUGGCAAUCUCAUUGAGGUGCCCAAUCAACAGAAUAGACGAGCCUCUUUGCCGCACAAUUUGAAGAUUCCGGCCAUCACGAUCACGCCCUCCAGUCCGAGUCCCGACCCGAAUCAUCCGGACUACCCGGAGUUCUUCGAAGAUCGUCUCUACUUGGAGACGAAGAACAGCAUGUCCACGUCCACGGAGUCCGGGGACAAUCAUUUCAUGACCGGUCGGGAUAUCCGCCAUUUCACCCGCAAUUCAGACAACUCGGGCUCGAUCGAGUCCAUGGAAACUGCGGCUAGUCGAGAGCGAAGUGAAUUGGACAUCAGUGAACUCAACCUGAGACUCAGUUCGGAUGAGCCUCAGAGUUGUAGUGCCCUGGCGGGUCAUUCGUCUUCACUGGAAAUUUGUUACGAGAAGAUUGCCGAACGGCAAAUCGAAGUGGUCGAAGUGUCCGACGACAAUAAUUCAAACAGUUUGAACCACUCGGUCAAGGACUCGGAAGGUGAGCCCGAGAUCAUCGUCGGCGAGGAGCCGGAAAUGGAUGAUGAGCAGAGCACACCCGAGAUCGAUGUCAUUCUCGCCAAAGCUGAUACCGAAGGAGAGAGAGAGACUUGCUUGAACUUUGCCAAAAGCCGUGCUGCCAAGAAAUAUCUCAACUUUUGACACUAGUCGCUCUGGCUCCGGACUGAUGGCCGUUGAAUCCAUCUUGGCAUACCUCUAUCACAAUAUCAUGUUCUAUGUGUUCGUUCGUGUUUAGAGAACUCGAUGUGGAGUCUUUUUCUCCUCCUUACCUGAUGUCUGUUUGUCAAAUGUAAUCGCCAAGUAUUCAA